UCCUAGCCGUUAAAAUCUCAGCCGACUUCACCUAUUCAUUGCCUUCGCCUCUGGUUGUUGUUCUUCACACAACGCACUCGAGACGGUUCCAGACUCCUUCAACAAUCUCAAUCCAAACCAACGACUCAACAGAACAAACCCUAAUUCGAAUUCACAGCCUCCAAUGAUCAAUUUCAGGCCGCCGGAAACUCGGCAGUCGACGCCGUCGAGUUCUGCAGCGAGUGCCGAGAAGGCGUUCUCGUUCAUAUCGCGAGGUUGGAGAGAAGUGAAGGACUCGGCGGACGCAGAUCUCCAAUUGAUGAAAGAUAGGGCCAAUUCUUUCAAGAAUUUAGCUUCGUCCUUCGACCGAGAGUUCGAGAACUUCCUCAAUUCGGCCACGAAAUCGACGUUCUUGGUCCCGGGAAUCAGGUAUUCGCCGUCAGCAGAAAUCGAUUUCGUGAAACGGUUGCAGCCGAAAUUAUCCGAACUUCGUCGCGCCUACUCGACGCCAGACUUCAGCCGGAAGGUCCUCGAGAGAUGGAGCCCUAGGUCAAGAAUUCGCAUCGAUUUGUCGGCAAUAAAGAACGCGAUCGUGGCCGAAGUCGAUGAUAGGGACAGUGUAGUGGACUUUGAUAUGAGAGAGAGAUUUCGGAGAGGUAGGAGGGAGAGUUUUAAGGAGUUUAGGUGGGAGUGGAAGGGAGAGAGCAGCGGCCAGGAAGGUCGGGUUCGGGAUUGGGAGCCAAUACGGGCGUUUAAGACGAGGUUGCGGGAGUUGGAGCAGAAGAGUUCGUCUUCGGAGAUUUUUGUGGGUUUGAAGAACAGUGAGUUCGUAGAGAAAGUGAAGUCAAGCUUGAAAUCAAUUUGCAAGGAACCGGAUGAGUCAAAGGAAGUCCCACCACUGGAUGUACCUGAACUUUUGGCAUAUUUGGUUAAGCAAUCUGGGCCAUUUUUGGAUCAACUUGGCCUUGGAAGAGAUAUAUCUAACAAGAUAGUGGAAAGCUUGUGCAGCAAACGUAAGAACCAAGUUCUAUUGCGCUCCCUACCAGCAGGAGAAGUCUCCAUUCUUGAGAAUGAUAACGCUAGUGACGAACUGGAUUUAAGGAUAGCUAGUGUCAUACAAAGUACAGGACAUUGUUAUGAGGGUGGCUUUUGGACUGAUUCUGCAAAGCAUGAUGUUAAGGAUGGUAAAAGGCAUGUAGCCAUUGUCACAACUGCUAGUCUUCCUUGGAUGACAGGAACAGCCGUAAAUCCACUUUUUCGAGCUGCAUAUUUAGCGAAGUCCGCAAAACAAAAUGUCACACUUUUGGUACCAUGGCUCUGUAGAUCAGACCAAGAACUAGUUUAUCCAAACAAUCUCACUUUCAGCUCACCAGAAGAGCAGGAGAUUUAUAUUCGUAACUGGCUCGAGGAAAGGGUUGGUUUUAAGGCUGACUUCAAAAUCUCGUUCUAUCCGGGAAAGUUCUCAAAAGGAAGGCGAAGUAUAAUACCUGCUGGAGAUACUUCUCAAUUUAUCCCGUCUAAGGAUGCUGACAUUGCUAUCCUGGAAGAACCAGAACAUCUGAACUGGUACCAUCAUGGCAAGAGAUGGACUGACAAAUUCAACCAUGUUGUUGGUAUUGUUCACACAAAUUACUUGGAAUAUAUCAAGAGGGAGAAGAAUGGGGCUCUCCAAGCUUUCCUUGUGAAACACAUUAACAAUUGGGUCACUAGAGCGUACUGCAACAAGGUACUUCGCCUUUCUGCUGCGACUCAGGAUUUACCUAAAUCUAUAGUUUGCAAUGUACACGGUGUGAAUCCCAAGUUUCUAAAAAUUGGGGAAAGAGUGGCUGCAGAAAGGGAGCAUGGGCAGCAAUCUUUCUCAAAAGGAGCAUAUUUCUUAGGCAAGAUGGUUUGGGCCAAGGGAUACAAAGAAUUAAUAGAUUUGUUAGCUAGGCACAAGAACGAUCUUGAUGGCUUCAAUUUGGAUGUUUUUGGUAACGGAGAAGAUGCUAAUGAAGUUCAGAGUAUGGCUAAAAGGUUGGAUGUGAAUCUCAACUUCAUGAAAGGCAGAGAUCAUGCAGAUGACUCUCUUCAUGGCUACAAGGUCUUCAUAAAUCCCAGUGUUAGUGAUGUGCUCUGCACGGCCACAGCUGAGGCACUUGCGAUGGGAAAAUUUGUUGUUUGUGCGGACCACCCAUCAAAUGAGUUCUUCAGGUCAUUCCCCAACUGUUUGACUUACAAGACACCUGAAGAUUUUGUUUCGAAAGUGAAAGAAGCAAUGGUUAAUGAGCCUCAGCCUCUUACUGCGGAGCAGAGAUACAACCUUUCAUGGGAGGCCGCCACCCAGAGAUUUAUCGAGUACUCUGAUCUUGACAGAUUCUUGAAUAAUGAUCAAAGUGAUUUCCAUGCAAGUAAAAAUGAUGGAAGGGUCAUCACAAAAUCAGUUUCAAUGCCAAACCUGACAGAGGUGCUUGAUGGAGGGUUGGCAUUUGCCCAUUACUGUCUUACCGGCAAUGAGUUCCUUAGAUUGUGCACAGGGGCAAUACCUGGAACACGGGACUAUGACAAGCAGCACUGUAAGGACCUCCAUCUUUUGCCUCCACAGGUAGAAAAUCCUAUAUAUGGCUGGUAGGUAAAGUAGAUUGACCAACCUGUAUAUCAGUAAAUCCGUUUUAUGUAUAUUAUGCAUAGAAUAGUUAGAUGUAAUACGUAGGAGCCUGGUAUUAUUAAGCUUAUAGUUCGUUUAUUUUCCUCCAUCCUGUAACGAAGGAUAUUCAGACAGCCAAGUUUCAGUAAAUUUUUUUUUUUUUUACAGAGUUUCA